AUGUCAGAUUAUUUUCUUUCCCACGAAGAAGAGGUGCUAGAAACUGACCAAGGAUACAUCAUUAAACUUCGUUUGUUAAGUAAAAGAUUUUUCACUAAGCAAUCAGCGGAAUUUCCUGAAAAUUAUAAAUUUACGUUUACUUUGAAUGAGUUUCCUUGGCAGCCAGUAGAAAGUUAUUCUUCCAAAAGGUUUAUGAAAGAUUUGGCUAUUUUGAUUAUGAGUAACAAUAUGAAAGACAAAAAAAAAGAAUUUAUUUUCCAGUAUGACCCACAGGCUUUGCCGAAAAGAAUGUUUGACCGCUUUGAAGAAGCAAUUAGAACAGGUAAAAAACAUAUCCAACCCAAAAAUGUCAUGAUUGCUAACCGUCUCGAAACUAUUUAUCGAGUAGCCAGCCAAGUUAGAAUGGAUUUAUUAGCCUGUUUGGUAGAAAAGCAGCCGGCUAACAUUCAAGAAUUGGCCCAAUUACUUAAUCGUGAUUAUGCCAAUGUUUGGCGAGACUGCCAAGCCUUAAAUAGUUUAGGGAUUAUUAAGUUAAAAAAGGUCAGUUUAGAUGCCAAAAAAGCCCAAAUUCAGCCAAUUGCUUUAUAUGAAAAAAUUAUCAUUGAAUUUCCAAUUAAGCCAUCUUUGAUUAGAGAAUGGAAAUCCCAAGUAGACCAAACCAUAAAAAUAAUUGAACCAAGUCAAACAAUUGAUUUUCUAAAAAAAGAAAAUGAAAAACUGCGAAACCGAGAAUUAAACGCUAAUGAAAAAAAAAUGGUUGCUUUUCGUUCAACAAUUCCCGAUUCAGGAGACUUAAAUAUGCGUAUGGAAGCGGCAAACAGGAUGCUAACUGAACUGGAAGAAAAUGAUUUAAGCACUCAAGCUAAUCCUAAUCUAGCUGCCGAAGGGCUUUAUUCUCGUGAAACAAACGAACUAAACCAACAAAUCACGGAAUUGGAAAAAAGAAUCGAGGAGUUGAAUUCUACCAUUCUUCUCCCUAACCAAUCUCACGACUUUUCCACCCUCCAAACCGAAAUCAAAAGACUAAAAAUCCAAGACCUAACCAUUCAAAUACCUUUAAAAAAACAAGAAUUAGAACAAUUAAUUAAUAACCUUAAAAGCGAAUUAAGCGAAGCAGGCAAAUACUUAUUAGACAA